AUUCGGAAUUACCAGAAGCUUCGGUAAAUGCAUCUACUGGAACCGAGCCAGAAAAUUUCUCCGAUGACGAUGAAUUCACCAAUGAUAACGAAGACGAUGGGAGCUUCUGUGGUUUCUCUGAUGACGAUGAUGAAGUUCUCACUCUCGAAGAGGCAUUGUCGUAUGUUACGCCACCUAUUUACUAUGCUUCGAACGCUUCUAGCUCAACUAACGCGGGUGGUGAUCCCCCGAUAGAAGUGGCGCUUUGGGAAUCCUUUUUCGACGACGUGAAUGGCUUUACUUUCGAUUCUAUCGAUCCAAAACCGAAAUUUGAAAAACCGCAAUUUAACAAUAGUUAUGUGAAUGUGCGCUACGAAGAGGGUGUUCGCUCCGCUUUUGAGGUCAAUAUUUGUCAGGUAUUAAAUAAGCUCAUGGGGCCAGAUUACGAAUUUUCCAGAUGGCAAGAUGGUAGUCCAGGCAUACCAGACUUUAAUUGUCACUACACCAUACAACUGAUAUUGUGUAUUGAGAAUAAAAGAGGACUCGUUUUAAGAGAGAUUAGCGGAAGAACCUUUUCAGAAUUUUACGAAUCGAGUUCAAAAGCAAAGAUGGUGAUUCAGCAGAUUUAUAACUAUAUGUGUAACAGGCAACUUCAAUACGGUGUCCUCUCUACCUAUGAAGAUCAUUGGUUUUUGCGUCGACCGCCUGAGACCCCAUCAAAGCUUUUUGUUUCAUCAACUCUUUCAUCGCAGUCGGAAUCUCCAACGGUACUCAAAGCUUAUGCAUAUAUAGCUAAGCAAGCAAGAGUUAGCUUUCCUUCUCCCCAUCCUAAUGUAAUUACGGUGCCAGACGGUGAAGGUUCGGACGCUACGAUGCAAAAUACACGGAUUACUCGAUCAAUGGUUCGAAAAAAAGAGGACUCAACUCAGGGAUCAUCUUCCAACGACUCGGCAAAUCAGCCAAAUCAGCAGAACCUUGGCUUUGCGGACUUCGAGUUUAAGAGCUUGUUAGGCGAAGGACGAAGUGGAAAGACACUACUCUGCGAAUUCCGCGGAGAAAAAAUUGCCUUGAAGACUGUGGAUCUAUACAAAGCCUCACCAGAUAUCUUGAAAGAAAUGCAGAAAGAAGUCAAAAUCUAUAAAGAUCUCAAAGACAUUCAAGGGAAAUACAUUCCAAAAUUGGUAUGUUAUGGCUACUAUGAAGGUGGAUGGUGCUAUGUCAUUGGUACAACUCUUGUUGGUACGCACUUAAGUAAUGAUAAGAAGAUAACGACACAGCAAAAGUCUAAGGCUCUUAAGGCACUAAACGAAAUUCACAAACGCGGUGUACUCCACAAUGACAUCCGGGAGGAGAAUAUUUUACUUGGUAGUGCGG